AUGGGAGAAACCAACUACUCCUUUGAUGAAAGUGUUGUGAUUGAUAAGAACCCUUCUGAUAGGGAACUUUCUAAGAAUGCUGAUUUGCAAGAAGCCUAUAAUAAGCUUUGCAAGGUUGUUGUAAAGGAUGCUAUGAAUGUUGACAUAGGUUUAAAGAAAAUUGCUUCUUUUGAACUUGGUAUAGUAACAAAGAAGUGGAUAUGCGUUGCAAUUUUCAAAGCCAUUGCUCUACUCGUGAUUGUUUUCUGCAUAUUGUGUUAUCUACUCAAACGGAGAGCAGUUGUAAUUCAAGGGAGUGAUGAAACAAACGGUGAAAAUGGAUUGCUUGCUUCAUUGAGCUUGGACCCAUCUAUCAACAUGAAUGAAAUUCUAAAUGAUGGGAAUGAUGGAGCUCGUUUCAGUGUAAUUAGCUAUACAAGUGUCAUGGCUGCAACAAGCAAUUUUUCAUUAGAAAACAAGCUUGGAGAAGGAGGCUUUGGGCCUGUGUAUAAGGGAAAAUUGGCAGGGGGGCAAAUGAUAGCGGUAAAGCGAUUAGGGCGAAAUUCAGGACAAGGAAUACCUGAGUUUAGGAAUGAGUUGAUAGUCAUGCCUAAACUCCAACAUGUGAAUAUUGUUAAAAUUAUUGGUUGUUGCAUUCAUGGAGAAGAGAGGAUGUUGGUUUAUGAAUACAUGCCCAACAAAAGUUUAGAUUGCUUUCUAUUUGACUCAAAGAGAAGCAAGUUAUUAGAUUGGAAAAAACGUUUCAAUAUAAUUGAAGGAAUUGCUCAAGGACUGCUCUAUCUCCAUAAAUACUCAAGACCAAGAGUAAUUCAUAGAGAUUUAAAAGCCGGAAACAUACUCCUUGACAAAAACAUGAAUCCUAAGAUAUCUGAUUUUGGCAUAGCACGAAUUUUCAAACCAGAUGAAUUGGAAGCAAACACUAAUGUAAUUGUUGGAACAGAGUAA